GUGUUAUAUAUAACUGUUAGAUGGUACGGACUGUACACCACUGUGCAUCGUGCAUUAGUACGCGUAGCUGCUAACUGGACGUGUCUCCGCGAACGUGGUAAUCACGUGUACGAUUCUCGUACAUACUCGCCGGUCAAAAUUCACGUGUGUGUGUGUGUGCGUGUUGCCAAGUUACUUGGGAAAGAAGAUAUAUAGCAAAGUGACGAGCUCCAGCUUCAACAUUGUGCCAUGGAAGCGGAAUUCAUGAAAUUAUACGAGGAUGAUUUCUUUUCCGGUUUAUCCUCGGCAAACGAUAUUGACCACGAGGAUUUAAUGGAAAUGCCUCAAGAUUCAUUAUACAAUAUUAUUGAAAAUGAUUAUGAUGUGGACACAUCUCAGCCCAUUACUUUCAACUCCAUCUGGAAUGACAAUGAACAGUAUGCCGAUACAGAUGCAUCAUUUGCCACAAAAGCUUCACAGGAGAGUGAGAAUUUUUCAAAGCUUUUCACAGAGUGGCAGAAUUAUGCGCAGACAAUGGAGUUAGAAGAUCUUAAUGAUAUUAUGGACAUGAAUUUAUUUGAUACAAAACAUACAUUAUGGAACAACAUGUAUCAAGAAGAGACUGCAAAUUUCGCGCAAGAAGAGAUAGAUUUAGGGCCUGAAUUAAAAUUAAAAGAAGAUGAACAAAGAGCAGUCAAUUUUGAGGAAGAAGAUACCCAUAAAUUGAUAGAUAAUACAAUGGAAAUUAAUAUAAAGACUGAAACUACAAAAGAAACAAAGGAAGAAAAAAUUAAUGAUUUAAGCAUUUUACCUGAAUUACCUCAAGAAGCACCACAAGAGUCUAAAAACAAAGAUACAAAGGCUACAAAGAAAAAUCGAAACUUAAAAAGCAAAAGAAAAAAGGAUAAACAUGUAAUUACAAAAGGUAAACAAGAGGAGCAAGAGGAUUGUAUAGAUGUUGAAACUAUAUCAGAUGAAAUACCAGUAUUGGAAGCUGUUGAUAUAAAGAGUUUGUUGGAACAAUUUGAAGCUUCUGAAAAUCCAAAUCCAUGUAAUAAGGCCACCAAAAAUAAUUUCCUAUCUUGCACGAGGUCGGACGCGAUACAACCUAUGACUCAGAAAUGUCAAAGUCAAGUGUUAGAAAAGUCUCCUUCACAAGUUUAUAAUAAACAUAAGAAUAUGCCAAAUUCAGUAUCAAAGGAAGUAAUUAAUAGGAUAAAGGCCUCGGGACGUAAAAAAGCUAUUUCGAUAAUACCUGCUAUGCCAAAUGUGCAGAAUAAAAAUCGUAAUAAUAAUAAUACACGAAUCCAAGAUACUGAAGCCACGUUUUCCAAUAAUAAAGUUGUAAAACAAGUAACAAAUAAAACUAAGAAUAGAACGACGGAUGGUACUUUAGUACAAUUGGAUCAUGAUUACUGUUAUAAUAUUGGUUAUAAUUCUGCUACUAAGAGCUGUAAUAGCAAUAAAUUUACGAAACAUACAUCUGUAUUAAAAUCAAACCAGAAUAAAAAAAUAACAAAAUGUGGCAAAAUCGCAGAAGUAAUAACAAUUUGUAAUGAUAAAAGUUUGAAAAAAGACAAUAAUCUGGAAUCGGCUGAUAUACAUAAUAAAAAUAAAUUAACAGGUGUUGCUAUAUUGGAUAAUGAAACGGAUAAAAUUAAUGAAAAUAGACUCAAAAGUGAUUACAAGAAUUGUCAAAAGAUUUGUUUAAAACAAUCUCAGGUUUUAAACAAUUCAUUGGCUAUUAAAUUACCUAAGGAUAUGACAGUUCCAAGCAAAUCUUCUGAUAAGAAUUCUCCUGUGUAUUUAAUUCGCUCAACUUUGGCUCAAAACAUUUUACGAUUGAGAAAUGAUUUGUCUAAGAACAUUUCACAAAUGAAUUCUACAAAGCAGAUGGUUUCAGUAUUAAAGAAACCACCAAAUGCAUCACAAACACAAUUCUUAAAGAGUAACUCUGACGAAAAUAUAGUGACUACUACGAACAGUUUAAAUAAUGAGGUGCAGAACAAAAUUGUACAAGAUACUCAAGAUUCAGCUUCAGACGAACAAGCGAAAAAACCGCCAUUUCGUAAAAAAUUGAAUUUGGCAGAGUAUCGAAAUAGAAGGGAUCAAAAUCGUAGUGACAAUAGUAGAACAAAUUCUCCAGUAUAUAAUUCGCCAAUGAUAUUGUUGUAUGUUCAUCAUGCUUCCACAACGACAGAACCAAUUAAAAAUGAUUCUGAAAAUCCAAUUUGGUCCGAGAGGGAAAUUGUUUCAAUGUUGAAACCUAAGUCGGAUAUAGAUGAAGAGAAAAACAAAUCAAAACCACUUAUGUGCGAUAUAGGAAUACAAACAUAUGAAACAGUAUUUGAAUUUUCUAAAAACUCGUUGACAGAUACCACAGAGGGAAAUGAAAGAGAACAAUAUAUAAGGGACAUAAAACAAAAAUCCUACAAAAAAGAUAGACUUUAUAGAAGUUCUAGUCGGUCUAGAUCGAAAAGUAAAAGCAAAAACAUAAGCAAAAGCAGGAGUAGCAGCAGAAACAGAAGAAGGAGUAGAAGCAGAAGCAGAAGUACAAGUAGAAGCCGAAGUAGAAGCAGAAAUAGAAACAGCAACAGAAAUAGAAACAGGAGUAGAAGCGAAAGCCGGAAUAGAAGCAGAAGCAAGAAUAGAAAUAGAAAUAGGAGUCGAAGCAAAAGCAGAAGUAGAAAUAGGAGUCGUAGUAGAAGCAAAAGUAUAAAAAAUGACAGUAGAAGCAGAAGCAGAAGCAGGAGUAGAUCUCGCAGAUGCAGCCGACGAAGAAUCCGAUCCCGUCGACGCAGUUCUGUUAGUUCAACCAGCAGUUGGUCAUCCCAGUCACGCUCAUAUACGACAUCCACUAGAUCAAGAUUUUCUCGCUCGCGUUCCAGGUCAUCACUAUCCAGAUCCAGAUCUUUCUCACAAUAUUCUAGUUGUUCAAGGUCUUCCUCCUACUCGAAUUAUGGAAGAAGUAGAUGGUCUAAUUAUUGGAGAAAAGACAGCAGUGAUCGCGAAAGAAGUUAUGAUAGAUAUAAAAAACAUUCCUUUGGUAGCCAUCGUAAUUACAAAGAUUGGAGAUCACCUGUACAUUCUUACUGUAAAUCUUACAAUUGGUACAACAGAGAAAAGCAAAAGCAAGUGGAAGAACGAAGAGUAAUAUAUGUGGGACGUCUAGAUGAAGGUGUUACCAAAGCUGAAUUGCGCAGAAGAUUUGAGAUUUUUGGACCUGUUGUUGAUAUAAGUGUACAUUUCCGUGAACAUGGCGAUAAUUACGGUUUUGUCACUUUUGCAUGCAAAAACAAUGCAUAUGCGGCUAUGGAGCAUGGUAAUGAUGAUCCAUCUCUACCUACAUAUGAUUUAAGCUUUGGUGGCCGAAGAGCAUUUUGCAAAUACAAAUAUUCAGAUCUUGAUGAUACAGCGAGUAGCUCACCCAUUAGUAAAUCAUCUCAGGCAAUUGAAGAAGAUACUUUCGAUUUUCUUUUGGAGGAAGCAAAAGCUAAAUUGCGCAAAAGAAAAGUUUGACAUAUGUACUGUCUAAUAGUUAUAAAUAUAACUUAAAUGAUAGUAUAUAAAUGUUAUUAUUGAAAUAUAUCAUAAGAAAAGAGACAUUUUUAUUUAUACAAUGCACAUAUGAAAAGUGAAA